CAAAGGGGACAACUUCCGGCAACUAUUCCCUCAGCCUACCCCUCCUCGCCCUUUCGUUCUGUCACUUUGAGUAGCUCGGAGGCCAGUUUUAAAAAAAAUGGAACCCUGUUCUUGUGACACUUUUGUGGCAUUACCUCCAGCAACAGUUGAUAAUAGGAUUAUUUUUGGAAAAAAUUCAGAUAGACCCUGUGAUGAAGUACAGGAGAUAGUUUUUUUUCCUGCUGCAGUUCAUGACAACCUGAAAGAACUUCUUAAGUGUACUUACAUAGAAAUUGAUCAAGUUCCUGAAACAUACGCUAUUGUCCUUAGUCGCCCAGCUUGGUUAUGGGGGGCAGAAAUGGGAGCCAAUGAGCAUGGAGUAUGCAUUGGGAAUGAAGCCGUAUGGGGAAGAGAAGAAGUCUGUGAUGAAGAGGCACUACUAGGCAUGGACCUUGUCAGACUUGGCCUUGAAAGAGCUGAUACAGCGGAAAAAGCCCUCAAUGUCAUUGUUGAUUUAUUAGAAAAAUAUGGCCAGGGUGGAAACUGUGCAGAGGGUAGGAUGGUAUUUAGCUAUCACAACAGUUUCCUGAUAGCUGAUAGGAAUGAAGCCUGGAUUCUGGAGACAGCAGGGAAGCACUGGGCAGCAGAAAAAGUACAAGAGGGAGUUCGUAAUAUUUCUAAUCAGCUUUCUAUAACGACCAAGAUUGAUCGGGAACACCCAAACAUGAGAAACUAUGCUAAGCAGAAAGGUUGGUGGGAUGGUAAAAAGGAGUUUGAUUUUACUGCAGCAUAUUCUUACCUUGACACAGCCAAGAUGAUGAUUUCACCAGGCAGGUACUGUGAAGGCUACAAGCUUCUGAAUAAACACAAAGGGAACAUAACUUUUAAAACAAUGAUGGAAAUUCUCCGAGAUAAACCAAGCGGUAUUAAUAUGGAGGGAGAAUUCCUGACCACUGCAAGCAUGGUUUCUAUUUUACCUCAAGACUCCAACCUUCCUUGCAUUCACUUCUUUACAGGGACUCCUGAUCCUGAGAGAUCUGUUUUUAAGCCUUUCAUAUUUGUGCCGAAUAUUUUGCAACUCUUGGACACGAGUUCACCCACGUUUGAAUUUGAAGAUUCAGUUAAAAAGAAGCCACAUUUUAAUAUUAAGCCUGACAGAAGACACCCACUCUACCAAAAACAUCAACAAGCAUUGAAAAUAUUAAAUAAUAAGGAGGAAAAAGCUAAAGCAAUGUUGGACAACAUGAGGAAACUGGAGAAAGAACUGUUCAAAGAGAUGGAAUCAGUCCUUCAAAACAAGCAUCUUGAUGUGGAUAAAAUUGUUAAUCUUUUCCCUCAGUGUACAAAGGAUGAAAUUAGAAUUUAUAAGUCAAAUAUUAGUUCUUAGUGAUCACAUAAAUGGUUAGCAAUCUUCCUCAAAGUUAGAAUCUAUUACCUUGGUAAAUAAUAUAAGUUUGAGCAGAUCUGAUUGUUCUUUACUAGCACUCAAGCGAUAGCUUGUCUUCUAAAACUGCAUAUAGCCUUGAUGAAAUACUGAGAAAGAAAAAAACAUUAGAUUUGGACACAUAUAUCAUGGAUAGCCAAGUGUUACUUGAGGUAUCAACUUAUAUCAUUAUUAUUUUUAUCUACAAUACCUUUGUAAAAGUCACAAUAAUUAAAUAUUUAAUUCUGUGUGAAACAUGAAACAUUAAAAUAAUACAUGCAUUUAUGUUUAUUAUAAUUAUGUAUUGGCCUCAAAUAAUUUUCUCAGCUACAACAAGAAAGCAUAUUUUUCUUUAAUAAUGGAAAAUACUGUCUCAGCUAAUGAGUUUUUGUGCUUUAGGCAAGUAUUAACCAGCUCUAGCAAAAUUUUCUAGAUUUAUACAUUGUCUUAUUAUAGUGUUUUAAUUCUAAAGAUGUACUUUUAUUAAACUCAGAUGUGCUCUCUGUUAAGACUUAGCUGACCAGUGAGCUUUUAGCUCUAAAUAUCUAGCAUUUUUUGGUCUGUGCCACUUAAUAGGCUUUUAGCUUAAUAUUUUUAGAAGAGCUUUCCUAGGGGAUUAGGAAAUGGAAUAAGGGAGUCAAGAUCUUAGGAGAUACUGUUUUGGUGUCUCAGAUCUCUCUCAUCUUUUACUUCUGUUCAUUCAGUGAAAAUAGGAACAGGAAUGAGAUUGUGGUGAUGAAAUACAAAUAUUAGUGUAUUAUGAACAUUAAGAGUAUUAUAAUGUAUAAUGUAUUAUGAACAUUGUAAAUGAGUAAUAAUAUCUUCCCAAAGUUUAUAAAACUUUGUUUAAGUUACAUAGAGAUUACCAAAUAAGACUCUAAGCUACAAAUACAAACAAGAAAAAUCCAACUCAAAAUAAUACUAUAUAUUUAUUGUUUCUAGAAAUUUCUAUUUUAGGUAUUGGAUCACUUUAUUGUAUUUAUUGGUCACUAUCAUUGCAAUUAGGAAUAUUACUAAAGUAGUGGAUCAUUAUAUUUAAAGAAUGCUCAGGAAAUUUUUUUUUAGUUCUCUCAUAAAAAUCAUAAUCUGCCUGAUACUGCUCUUGUCUAAUGCAGGGCUGCCAUUACCAAAGAUACCUGUCUCGAGGACUCAGUUAAUUCUGAUUUGCCUUAUAUAUCCCUCAGUGAUUUGUUCUUCCUAAAUCAUGAAGACCCUUGGCCAAUCCCCGUACACCUCCCCUCUCUCUCUUUUUUAAUAUAUGAGGGAGCUGAGGGUAAGCAGUUCAUUGAUUUGUUUAGGCACACAAACGUGAGUCUUAUUUCUCUGUUUAGGCCCUGCAUGUUUUCACUGUUUCCUUUGACACCACGCUAGACCAAACUAGUACGAGGCUCUCACCUACCGCGGUAGUUAAGUUCUUCUACACCUAUUUUUUCCCUUUAUCUUUAUCCACAUGGGUCACUGCAGCCAGAAUAAUCUAUUAAAUUUUUUAAUGUGAUCAUGAAUUUCUCUCCUAAAACUUCUUUUAAAAAUAAACUUUAUUUUUUUGAGCAGUUUUAGGUUUAAACAAAAUUGAGCAGAAAAUACAGAGUUCACAUAUACUCCCUUUUCCUCUACCCUCCUCCCCUCAACUCCCCUUGCCAUCAACAUCCCACGCCAGAGUAGUUCAUUUGUUACAAUUGAUGAACCAACACUGACACAUCAUUAUCACCCCAAAUUCACAGUUUACAUUAGGGUUCACUCAUUGUACAUUCUAUGGGUUUGGACAAAUGUAUAAUAAUGUGUCCACAAUUAUAGUAUCAUACAGGUCAGUUUCAGUGCUCUAAUGUCCUCUGUGCGCCACCUGUUCAUCCCUCUCUACCACUAACCUCUGGCAACCACUCAUCUUUUUAUUGUCUCCAUAAUUUUGCCUUUUCCAGAAUAUUAUAUAGAUGGAAUCAUACAGUACAUAUCCUUUUCAGAUGGGCUCUUUAACUUAGUAAUAUGCAUUUAAGUUUCCUCUAUGUCUUUUCAUGGCUUGAUAGCUCAUUUCUUUUUAGUGCUGAAUAAUGUUCCAUUGUCUGGAUAACCUGGUUGCUGAUAUCCACUACUGAAGGACAUCUUGUUUUUUUCCAUGUUUUGGCAAUUUAUGAAUAAAACUGCUGUGAACA